AUGCCAAAAGUUUAUUCUCGUCAUGAAAUUCGAAAAUUUUUUCAUGAUAAUGUUGAUAAAACAUUAAUCAUUUGUGAUUUUUGUGAACGAUCGUAUAAAUCAAAUACCUCAGUUUCAAAUCUUAAACGUCAUUUUUUAAAGCAUCAUAAAAAUGAAUAUCAAUCGAUUUUACAACGAUAUCUGGAGAAGAAACAAAAUGUAUUACAUAAGAAGGAUUUGAUUGAUCUUGGAAAUAUUCGAGAAUCAGUUAAUUUACGAAAUGUUCAAGUUUCAGAAGAAAAUAUCGAUGAAUAUAUAACAGAAGAAGAAGCCGAAGAAGUUGUUUCUUCAGGUGAAGUUGGCUUAUCGAAUGUAGUUGAGAAAAAAGAUGAUUUUAUAAAUAAAAUUA